AUGACCCCCCCCCCCUCAACUCUCCCCUUGCAUCCCCUUCUCCCCCCACGUCCCCUCGCCGUCCGUCCGCCCAUCAGCGGAGCUGCUGGCGCAGAUGCUGCGCGAGGGGCACCUGCCGCGCGUGGCGGUGUGGAGCGCCGUGGUGAGCCGCAUGGGGCGAGACCCCGCGCUCGCUGCUGCCGCGGUGAGGCUCUUCAGGGACUGCUGCGACGUCGCUGCUGCCAAGAUGCGUUGCUCGCUACUGCUAAGAACGCCCCCCACAUGCGCCCGGACACAGCAGCCUUCAAUGCGGCGAUCAACACGGUGGUGACAGCUGGCGACCUCCCAUUGGCGGAGCGGCUGCUGGGGGAGGGCAUGGCGGGGGCGGGCGUGUCUCCCGACGCCAUCAGCUUCAACAUCCUCAUCAAGGGGCGCGCGGCCCAGGGCAUGCCUGACAGGGCUCAUGAGCUGCUAAAGCAUAUGAUGGCGCAGGGCGUGCAACCCGAUGCAGCGUCGUUCAACUCAGUGGUUGCAGGGUAUGUGGCGUUCGCCUCUGGAGACCUCGUUGCAGCGUUUGAGCUCGUCCUACCCCUCUCAUCAUCACGUGCCACGCGUUUGGCCUCCGUGGCAACAACCGACGAGCUGCGCGCGCUGCAGCUCGAAGAGUCAGAUCCGCCACGCGCCAGCCGCGCAGAUCCGCCAGGCGCGCGCUCCCCCGCUUCGGAAGGUCGCGGAGAAGCAGAUGGCGCGGGGAGGGAGUCUGAGGAGAGGAGCAGCGGGGAUAGUGGUAGCAGGGGUAGUGGGAGGGGAAGGGGCGAGAGUGGGGGGAACGAGCGGGCCGCAUACCGCGGGAGCGCAGAUGAGCUUCCUUCGCUGUCGUCCGUUAUGGCGGCCGCCGCCAGCAUGCCCGCGCAGCGCCCGCGCCAGCGCCAUCGCGCGUCCCGCCCGCCCGCGGUACAGGCGGAGGUGUGGGCGCAGCAGCGGGCGUUGGAGCGCGUGGCGGAGGACGAGGAGGCGGAGAUUGCGCGCGCGCUGGCGGAGCGGCGCACGGACGACGCGGUGAGACUGCUGUGGCGGGAGCGGCAGGCGGGCCGGUGGGCGGGCAGCCGCUGCUGGAGCCGCGCGGUCGCGCAACUGAGUCUCCGCGGGCAGUGGCGCAAGGCGAAGCGCCUGAUCGACGAGGUGUGCCGCGCGCAGAUGGGGGGGCAGGCGGGCGGAGAGGCGCAGCCAGAGCGGGGGGGAUCGUGGGAGCAGCAGUGGUCGGCGGGGAGUGCGGUCGGGAGUGGUGCUGGAGGGAGUGGAGAGGUGUUCAGAGAGGUGCAGGUGGAUGAAGACGCGUUCGGGCUCGCUGUGAUGGCAGCGGCGCGCAGCGGCUGUGCGGCUGACGCCGCGGAGCUGCUGGCGCAGAUGCUGCGCGAGGGGCACCUGCCGCGCGUGGCGGUGUGGAGCGCCGUGGUGAGCCGCAUGGGGCGAGACCCCGCGCUCGCCGCUGCUGCUGUGAGGCUCUUCAGGGACUGCUGCGACGUCGCUGCUGCCAAGAGCGCCCAACAUAUGCGCCCAGACACAGCAGCCUUCAACGCGGCGAUCAAUGCGGCGGUGACAGCUGGCGACCUCCCAUUGGCGGAGCGGCUGCUGGGCGAGGGCAUGGCGGGGGCGGGCGUGACCCCCGACGCCAUCAGCUUCAACAUCCUGAUUAAGGGGCGCGCUGCACAGGGCAUGCCUGAGAGGGCGCAUGAACUGUUGAGACACAUGAUGUCACAGGGCGUGCAGCCAGAUGCAGCAUCGUUCAACUCAGUGGAAGAGGAGAGUGGGAAGCGGAGGGUGGGGAUGGGUCCCAACGUGCGUAUGCUCUCCAUUCUCAUCAAGGGACUCGUCGCCUCUGGAGACUUGACUGCCGCGUUUGAGUGGUUUGAGCGCAUGAAGCAGCGGCGGGACACAUCCCCCAACCACAUCACAUACGCCACACUCAUGCACGCGCUCGUCUCCUCGCCGCCGCACCUCAUCCCCGCUCCCAUCCUUGCCCGCGCUGCUGCUGCUUCUGCCGCUGCUGCCGCCCCCAUCCCUGCUCCUGGAGCCGCUGCUGGCAGCAUGCCCCCAGCUCUGCCCCCACUUGCCACUGCACCCGCUGCUUCAGCUGCUGCUGCUGCUGCUGCUGCUGCUCCUGCUGCUGCUGACUGUGUGGAUUCGCGGGGAGCCGUGGCAUCUCUCAGGAAGCCAAGCGUGUGGAAGGCCGCAGGGCCCAGCAAUGCAGGUGCAGGCAGGGAGAGUGUUAGCGCCGCUACGAAUCUCAAUGCCACUGCCAGCCUUCAUGCCACUGGAAGCCUUAGUGGCACUGGGAGUGAGGCAGGCGCAGGCAGGGGGGAGGCGCUAGAGCAGCAGGGGCUGGGGAGUGACCGUGCUGGUGUGCUGGCCGGGAGCAGCAGCAGCGACAGAAUGGUGGUCCGGACAGGCUCUAGCAAUCUGACAACGAGGGAAAACAGUGAGGACCUAGCAGGUGCAAGCAACCUGGACGACCUGGCAGUGAUGGCAGGUGCAAGCAACCUGGACGACCUGGCAGUGAUGGCAGGUGCAAGCAACCUUGAUGACUUGGCAGUGAUGGCAGCGAGGCAGCUAUUAGAGGAGAUGCGGGCGCGGGGUGUGGCGGGCAACACUGCCGUGCUGAACGUGCUGGUCAAAGCCCACUGCGACCGCGGGCAGAUGCGGGAGGUAGAGGCGCUACUGAGGGAGAUGGGGUGUGGUGGAGGUACAGGUGCUAGGAAGCAGCGGCUGGUGCAAGGCACGCCGUCCCCUGCUGCACGCGCUGCUGGGGAGGCUGCUGACGCCUCUCAGGGUGCUUCUGAGGGUGCGAUCCCCCGUGGAGCGGCUGUGUGGGGCGUGCGGCCCAAUGCUGCGACGUUUGCGACCAUCAUUGCGGCGUGUGGCAGGGCGGGUGCAUGGAAAGGGCAGGCCCUCGGCCACGCCCCUGAUGCCGACCCUGCUCGUGCUCUUUCUGUGUUUGAAGAGAUGCUUGUCGAGGCUGGGAGCGGUGGAGUGCGGUUGGGAGGGAGAGCGGGUGGUGGGGGGAGUGUGGGAGGGAGAGGAGGUGCAGUGGUUAGCGGUGGAGAGGAGUUGCGGGUGGAUGCAGCGGCGUGGGGCGCGGUGAUUGACUCGCAGGCGAGGGCAGGGCUGGUGGACCAGGCGUGGAGUCUGUACCAACGAGCCAAGGCAGCCUCGAUUGCCCCCACGCCAGCCACCUAUGGCAGCCUGGAGCGAUUGGUGGGGGCGGCGGGCAGUCAUGGGGAGGAGAGAUUGGGGUUGGAGGGAGUGGAGGGCGGAGAGGGGAGGUGGGAACUGAUGGGGGAAAGGAGGGAGGGGCGUGGUGAGACAGGAGGGAGCGGGAGCGAAGAGGAGGAGGGAGGGAUGGGGGAGAGUGAGGGGGAGGAGGGCGGAGUGGUGGAGGUGGUUGGAGUGCGUGGGGCGAGGGAGUGGGUGAGGAGCGGGUGGGAGCAAGCAGGUGAAGGGGCCAGCGGUGGAGGGAGAGGGAGAGGGGUGAGGGUGGCAACAGGGAGGAGAGCAGGGGUGGCGGGAGGAGCAGCAAGGGGGGUGGCGGGAGGAGCAGCAAGGGGGGUGGCGGGAGGAGCAGCAAGGGGGGUGGCGGGAGGAGCAGCAAGGGGGGUGGCGGGAGGAGCAGCAAGGGGGGUGGCGGGAGGAGCAGCAAGGGGGGUGGCGGGAGGAGCAGCAAGGGGGGUGGCGGGAGGAGCAGCAAGGGGGGUGGCGGGAGGAGCAGCAAGGGGGGUGGCGGGAGGAGCAGGGGAGGCGGGGACAGCAGGGGUGUGUGUGGACGAGGCAGUGAUGGAUGGGCUCAUGCUCAUCUUCAUGCAGGCCGGGUACUUCCAGCGAGCACUGGAGGUGGUGGGGGCAAUGGAGAGGGCAGGGUUGGCACCUGAUAAGCUCAAGUACAAGCGCAUGCUCAUCACCUCCCUCUCCUCGCGCCGCCACCGUGCCCUCUCCUCCCUCUCCACCACCACCGCUGGUGCCGAUGAGUUUCCGGGGUCACGCGGCUUUGAGGCCUUGAAGUUCUGGCUGGGCCUACCCAACCGCCUGUAUGAGUCUGACUGGAGCUGGCGGGACUGA